AUGCUGCGGCGUCACUCGCCCGAAGGCUCGCUGUUCCAAGUGGUGAAGGAGUAUUUCCACGUGUUUAGGACGGGCUGGGCCGUGCAGGAGGUCGGACGUAAGAGGCGGAUGGGAGAGCAGGACCAGAGGCAGUUCCUGCACAGCGUCAUGGACCCGGAGGUGGACGUGGACAACGGUCUGCGAGGCCUGGACGUCAUGGCCGAGCAGAUCCUCAUGUACUCGACUUUCAUCCGGUUCAUUCGAACAACGCUACAGUCCUACGAUAUCAUGGUGGCCGAUAAUUCGGUCAUUAUCAAGACACAAGCGACGCUGAGGUUUCAGGUGUCGAGGAAUACGAUCGAGAUGAUUUUCCCUCAUAUCAUUGGGGACGAGUGUCUUGUAUCUCAACUCGUGGGUCAAGAAGUGGAGCCUCCAAUCGGGAUCACCGUUUACUUUAAUUCCGAGGGCAAAUGCUGCAAGUACCAGGUCGAAUUGAACUUCGUCGAGGCCUUUGCUACCAUUGUCAAGGAUCCGAAGAAGCUGGAAAUUAUGCUCGGGAGAGCGCUGAUCGCUGACAACUGCAUGUUUGGGGUCAUCGACGAGCCGAUUCAAAAGAACGUGGAGUUUGCGCCGGUGUCCUGGAAUAUGAGCGAGAUCGACUUGUGGAAGAGCUGA